AUAGUAUUGCGUGGCUCUUUUUAACUUGAAGUGUUGAAGGCAGCCACUCACUACUUAAUUCCACCGCACAUCACCAUUCCAUUCAUCAUCCCUACCCUCUUCAACCCUCUCUUCCAUUUCCAUUGAUUCCCAUUUCUCUCCCUCAACAACAAUGGAAGGAUCUGGAGUCGUCACUGUCUACGGCAACGGCGCCGCAAUCACCGAGACCAAGAAAUCCCCCUUCUCCGUCAAAGUCGGCCUCGCUCAGAUGCUCCGCGGCGGCGUCAUCAUGGACGUCGUCAACGCCCAACAAGCCCGCAUCGCCGAAGAAGCCGGCGCCUGCGCCGUCAUGGCCCUCGAGCGUGUCCCCGCCGACAUCCGCGCCCAAGGCGGCGUCGCUCGCAUGAGCGACCCUCAGCUCAUCAAGGAAAUCAAACAAGCCGUCACCAUCCCCGUCAUGGCCAAAGCCCGCAUCGGCCAUUUCGUCGAAGCCCAGAUCCUCGAAGCCAUCGGCGUCGAUUACGUCGACGAGAGCGAGGUCCUCACUCUCGCCGACGAGGAUAACCACAUCAACAAGCACAAUUUCCGCAUCCCCUUCGUCUGCGGCUGCCGCAACCUUGGUGAAGCCCUCCGCCGUGUUCGUGAAGGCGCCGCCAUGAUUCGCACCAAGGGUGAGGCGGGGACUGGGAACAUCGUUGAGGCGGUGAGGCAUGUGAGGUCUGUGAUGGGUGACAUUAGGGUUCUCAGGAACAUGGAUGAUGAUGAGGUCUUCACGUUUGCCAAGAAAAUCGCUGCUCCUUAUGAUCUCGUCAUGCAGACCAAGCAGCUUGGGAGGCUUCCGGUGGUUCAUUUUGCUGCUGGUGGUGUUGCUACCCCUGCUGAUGCGGCUUUGAUGAUGCAGCUUGGUUGUGACGGUGUGUUUGUUGGCUCUGGUGUUUUCAAGAGUGGUGAUCCUGCGAAGCGUGCCAGGGCGAUUGUGCAGGCUGUGACGCACUACAGUGACCCGGGGCUGCUGGCGGAGAUUAGCUGCGGAUUGGGGGAGGCUAUGGUUGGGCUCAAUUUGAAUGACAGCAAUGUUGAGAGGUUUGCUAAUCGGUCUGAAUGAAUGAUUGAUUUCUCUGUUUCAUCAUCAUCGUAUGGUCUGCUCUGUUGGAUUGGAAUUCUGUCUGAAAGGGUUUUCUAGUAUUUUUAGUUGUUUGUUUAUUUCAUGGUAAUAAGGUUAUGUUUUUGUUUCUUAUGGUUUAAGAUUAAACCAUGUUAGUUGGAAACAGAGGGGAUAAAAAUCUAGCCAUUUGGGGCUUGUAAUAUGCUGAUACUUAGUUUUUUUUUCAUAUUCAAUGUCAUAGUGUUCGAACUAGUAUGUCGGGUCAUUGGAUUUAUCAUGAAAUAGAACCAUUAUUGUUGGAAUAUUGAAUUUUAUUCUUGAUCUUAA